AUUAACUAAUUACCUUGGAUUAUUUCCGGCAUUGUUGUAUUAACAUUUGAAUAUCGUCAUGACAACCAUAUUCAAGGAUGAAAGCAUACGCGGACAAAAGAUCAAAUUAUACUUUACUUGGACAAGAUGUUAUGACAUUUGUUCGAAUUAUCUCUUCUUGAAACUAAAUGUUUUCUCCUCUAGCUAAGGGGGUUGCUAGUUGGGAUGGCGGAGUUAAACUUGAUCAAAAUCCUCAGCAAUUGUAUUCAGAUGAGCUUCUAUUUCCUCAAAUCUUACUAAAAUCAUGUCAGCAGACAAAAUCUGUCAAGUCGCUGGACAGUAAUGUGGCCUAUAAUGAUGGACAGUUGCUACUACCCAAGACAUUUGUAACUCGUAAAGGAGCCUUGUUGCUAUUCACACCUUCUGAGGAAUUAUUGGCAGCUGAAGAUAAAGCCCCACCACCCCCACCAAAUGUUUACGAAGAUGGAUUAAAAUUGAAGACUGUGGGGAAUUUGAUCAACUCAGUUCUUCAGUUUGGAAAAGAGGAAGAGGAAGCAUGGGAAGGAAUACCAGGCACACAACCUUCAAAGGAGAAUAAGACCACCAACACUCAUCGUCAAGGAAAACAACAAACAGUGCGUGACAGGAAGGCAUUCCUUCGCUUUCUUCAUUACCUGGAUUCAGAGUGCUUAACGGCUGACAAACACGCGCAGCCAGGCUGUGAUCCUGAUUUUUAUCUUGAUGAACUCAGAAGCAGCUCAAGGGGACUGGGUUCGCACCGGAGAUCAGGUUCACAGACUCCAUACUCGUGCCGUAAGUAUGAGAGUCUCCUGGAAGAUGACAAUCUGUCAGACAUUGUACAAGAAUACAUACGAUGGAACAGACAGGCCCAUCACCUUCAACAAGAAGAGAAAGAUAUGGCAGAUGACAAUCAUUUGAUGGAUGAUGAGGAUUUUCAAGAAGAGGCAGAAUAUGAAGGUUAUGACGUCUACUCGUCUCAUCAAGCCACAGGGUACCUAAGCAAAACCUACUCAUCUACUCCAAACCCCAACAGCUUAAGUUACAGCUAUGCUAAUCCCUACUACUACACCGAUGAUGCUAUAAGACCCAGGACCGCUCCGUUACCUCCUGCCCCUGAAUCACUGCGAGCCAACCCGAGGAUUACUAGUGGAAAGAGACCGCCUCCAAAACGAGCAUUGGGUUCAACACCAGACCACCUCGAAGACAUCUUACGUGCUGACGUCAUGACAGGUCGAAACGUCAGAAGAGGGCCGAGCCCGCGAUUAAAGUUCAGCAGGAAUGCUUCACCAGCUUUUUAUUCUCUUUCUUCCCGAGGGGGAUCCCCAGAGUAUGGUUGUAUUUCUAGGUUUGAAACGCUUGCUGGGAUGUCGGAAAAUUGGAGUCGUGCUGAUGACGUCAUAGAGGAAGCAGAAGAGAACUCACAGGGAUCCCACACAAGACCAGUUAGUGCUGUGUCAUUUCGCAGUAUUCGAUCAUUCAAGAGUAAAGAAAAGUACGAUGCAACUGCAGAAAAAAAUGAAGAUAUCGAACAUGGAGACCAAACAAGAACAAACGGUUUCCACAGUCGAAGCGAAAGUAUGUCCAGUGUUUCAAACCAACAUGGACCGAGAAGCAUGUCGGGAAGAUCACGUGCUUACACUCGUAGUCUUUCCAGGACCUCACAUCUCGACGAUGCAGACCCCGAAGAUGAAAGAGCGGCAACGUCACUGCAGUAUGAUGAUCCCAGCAGCCUGAUCGCACCUCCCCCGUCCGCGCGCAUGCCCUCUAAAAGUGGCUCGGCUAUGUCCAGGGAGAUGGGUACCGCUGAAUUACGUAAUGAUUCCAUCUCAGAUGCAUACCAUGAACGCAGUUCUGUGACGUCACCAAUACUUCAUGACGAUGUCAUGUCACGUGACCUGUCAUCACGUGGUGCAGGGAGCCGAAGGAGUAGUUUAAAUAUGUCUCAACGAAGCAAGCAUGAUGUUCUAUCUGUGGGCUAUAAUUUCGAAGGACGAAGAAUAAAGCUGAGAAGUAAGUCGGCCUCGAAUAGACUUCACCAAAACGAAACGAGUGGAACAAGAAAUCAAUCAAGAAGGGAAUCUAGACCUUUCAGUGCACCUAUUUCCAUACCUGGAGACGAAACCAAUGUAACCUUGGCAACGCUCGGAAGCGAGGCAAAUAUUGAUGAUUUAAUAGAAGUGAUUUCUCGACACCAACCCUUCGUUGAAGAUAGUGAUAACGAGAGGGAUCUGGACUCGCCCGACGUUGCUUGGCCUGUGGAUGUGGGACUGGUGGCUAGUGAUGAUAACUUAGGAGGCUACGAUAGCGCAGCCGAAGAAGUGAAUAUUGACCUGCCACCCUCACCAUCACUUGGCAGCUCAGGAUUAUUUCGUCUCAAUGCAACAUGGAGCCCCGCUCCACCUGACCAGCACAAUGAACAAAAUGAUCGCCUGGAUGCCCAACCUCCUUCAGAGACUGGGGCGACUGGUGUCCAGUCCCACUCUUCUUCUCCAACACCAAUAUCUGCCAGGCCAUCACCAGUUCCUGCUAUAAUUGAUGACGAUGACGAGAACGAUGCUGACUCUGUGUCAGCGGAUGCUACCAAUCAAUGGCCGCCCCAGGCUCCUCAAAAGUCCUCAACUCCAUCAAUUACUACAGCUACCCCGCCACCUAGAAUAGAAGUAAUUGAAAGGAACGAUAUAGCUACUAAUUUACAAAGAUCCGUCUCUCCAAGUAUUUACCAAGAGACAAUAGAUAUCGAAAGAUCCCGACCCAGUUCACCGGUGAGUGAACUCGAAAGGCAACAGCCAGUCGCGGUCGAUGAGUCUGUUAUCGAGUAUUUGGAGACUGGGCAAGAGCMUCAGGAGAGACCGCGGUCAGGAAAAAGAAUAAGAGGCUUGGAUAGAGAAACCCAAGAAAAUGCAUCAGAACCUGUUAGUGAACUAGUAAAACUGGUUGAUCAACAGGUUGAAAAUCAAAAUCUGGUCAAAGACAAGUUAAUCGAAAAGCCAGAAAAACAAGAUAAGAAGCAAGGAAAACCUGUUUCGAAGACAGUAAAAAAAGUUGAGAAGGUCGCUGAAGUUUUGGCAAAAACUGAAAAGCCAAACUUGAGCGCGACCCAAAAUUUGACGGAAAACAAAGUAACUCAGCAAAAACCUCAAGACUCAGAGACAAUUCAUGAUUUUUCGAAAAAAAUUUCAUCGGUUCAAGAACCAGAGCCUCGGAAUGAUUACAUCAAUAUUGUCCUUCAAAAGCCCAAACCUCCAGUCCAGUUCGACCAGGUGGGUUUGCAGAGGGUUGGUAAAGAGAUUGAUGACGGGCUAAGUUCAGUGUCUUCGAUUUCUGGUGCGCCAACUGCGUCGUUCGUGUUCUCGCAGCCUGAAACGCCGAGGAAGGAAAGAGAGGUUCCUAAAAAACCUGUAGAGCCAGCCAAGAAUGAUUUGUCUGAUUUGGCAGCGCUGAUCAACAGAAACAAAUCUGAAAAAGUUACAAAAGAAAAGAAGGAGGCGAAGAAGAAGACAAAAGCAGCGAAGGCUGCCAAAGCGGCAAAGAAAAACGAUAUAAAAGUUGACCCAAACAAUAUAGAAUUUGAUGCGUUCAACACGCCUGAGAUGAUGGAACACAUGGAUGAAGAACUGAAGCAGUUUAUCCAACAAAAGGGAAAUAACGAGGAACCGCUCCCUGAGGAGACUGAGAAACCAGAAGCUGCGAGCAACAAAGAGCAUGUCAGUGUACCACAAAUAGCACCACCCAUCCCCCCUGAGAUGAAAAAUGCUUACACGCCAUCGAAACCUAAGAAACCCACUAAACAAGAGCUGACAAAGAAACGCGCUGAGGCGAGAAAAGCAGAAAAGAAGCGAAAAGACGAAGAAAAGAAAAGGAGAGAAGAAGAGAAGCGAAAACGAGAUGAGGAAUUACGAAUACUGAAAGAGAAGGAAGAAGAACAAGCGCGAGCUCGAGAAGAAGCGGAAUUAAAGCAACAGACCAUUGAAGAAGAGAAAGCAAAACGUCUUGAAGAAGAAGAAAACGCUAGACGCGAGGAAGAAGAGGCGAUGGAAAAACUAAAAGAUGCGAAGAAAAAAGCGCGGGAAGAAAGAGAACAGAGACGAGCUGCUGAAGCUGAAAGGCGCAAACUGGAAGUACAAAGAAAGAGAGAGGAAAAAAAGAAGAGAGAGGAGGAAAUGAGAGAGAAAGAAAGGGAAAUGGAACAAAUGAAAAUGGAUCAAGAAAAGAGGAAACAGGAGCUGAUGGAAGAAAGGAAACGACAGGAGGAACUCGAACGACUGGAAGAAGAAAGAAGACUAGAAGAAGAGAGGCUGCGCACCGAACAAGAAGAAGAGGAGCAGAGAAGACUUGAAGAAGAACAGAUACGAGAGGCCGAGGAAGAACUCGCAAGACUGCAGGAAGAACGAGAAUAUAAAGAACAAAUGAGACGCAUUGCUGAAGCCAGGGAACGAAAACUAAGAGAGCAAGAAGAGGAAAGGAUGCGCCAAGAAGAGGAAGAACGACGCGCCAUCGAAGAACAACGAAGACGUCUGGAAGAAGAAGAAGAGAAAAAAGUCCAGCAACAGAAGAAACGACUAGAAAUGGCCAAACGAUUGGAGGCUGUUGCACGCAUGCGCAUCGCCCAAGAAGCGGCCCGACGCAAAACAAUGCUACUGAAGCGACGAGAAGACAACAUUGAUAGGAUGAGCCAUUUGAAAUCUGUUCGUCAGGAUCAGAAAAUUACUAAGGCUCAUACGUUUAGCUAUUAUGUUCGUGUGCCCAGGCAGGUUUGGGAGCUGCCGAUUGGGUUUGGGAAGCAAAAGAAGGGGUUUAGAGCAGCAAAGAAAAAACCUGCAGCUAAAAAGACUUGAAAAAGUACUCUUUACGAAUCCCUUGUCACCUUCUCUAACUACAGGCUCAUUAGUUAUACAUACAGAAUCUGAACAGAAUUCACCUUUUUUCCAUACCUUGGUUCACUGGUCAAACACAAAGCGCUCAAGCAAGGCGCCAAGGUACUUUCAAAGGAUUAUUCAAAUUUGAACCUUGCAACCUCGACUGAAUGCUUUAUGACAGUUAUCGUAGAAUGAUAAGUUAUACACCGUAGUGAAAAUAGUAACUGACGUUUCGGACGUUAGUCCUUCGUCGGAGUCAAAAUGAAUGCUUUAUGAAUGCUUUAUGUUUGACCAGUGAACUGAUGUAUGGAAAAUGGUGAAUCUGAAUUGACGGUUUUCACAGCCACCAUGUUGGAUGAAUUUAACAAAAGAUUAGCCAUUAGUCUCUUUUGUUUUAUCAUCCAACAUGGCUGCCGUGUCUUGUGUUACUCCAUUCUCUUGGGAAUGAUUGAAUACCAACAACUGCUGGGUUACGAACGCUGAUAAAAUUAAAGUUUUUGAAUCUCAUUAUCUUCUCCGAAUGGUGUUCAAAAACUGGCUACCACGUGCUGUCAACCAGAAAGAAUCCUAUUGAAAACUUGUGAUUCAGCUGAUGAGCAUUCCGAGCGAAACAGUUAAAAAUGUUUAGCAAUUAAGAGCUAACUGUAAAUAAUCGAAAUUAGAGUCGAAACAAAAAAGAGAAAAAUGUAAUAUAAAUUAGUAUUUAUUUUUAUUUAUCAAAACUCUUUAACUAAAUAAAGAUUUGAUUGAAA